GUUGGACGUGGACAAAGACAGGGACAGCUGGAGAGGGAAGGAAUGGCAUGAAGGAAGAGAGGAAGAAGAGGGGCUGGCGAAGACAAUGGACAUCUAGAUGUGUGAAGUGUCCUUUGAAAAUGGUGCGGGACGUCCAGUAGAAGAGGUAAUAAAGCAGAGGACAUAGAGAGGGGGACAAGGGAGGAGAGGAGAUGCAGGAAGGAAUACUAAUAUGGCGUCUUUUCACCGUGGAGGAUGAAGUGUUCUGGAGAUGGUGAGGAAGCACAAAGUUCCUUCAGGAUGCGUUUACCGACCGUUCACUGGUGUCAAAGGCUAAAGGGGAACAUCAAGGAGAAAAGACAGCGUGCUGGUCAGAAGACGCUCCAAUGAUAGGAAGCAAGGUGAAAAAUCUCACUCCUGCUGCUCAGGUUGGAUCUGGGACGGUUUUGGGCGCAGUUUCUGCAAAGAUACGUUCUCCACAAUUACAGGAUCAGUGAGAAUCUAACUGGGAUUUGAGAGCAAAUGACAAUCCAAAACCAUUUUUGCAAAAAAGACACAACACAACAAACCGAUUUUCAGCAUUCCAGUUUGCUUGUCAUGGAUCAACACCCUUUUAUUGGCAAUUUUUCCAGUUUCUGACAGGAACAUUUAUGAACAUAUUUAGGUUUGAAGAGACUGCUUUGGACAUUUUAGGGGUGAGCAUAUUUAUAAAUAUAAAAGCUCUUCAAUUAUACAAUAACUUCUACAGAAAUCAUAUCCACCAAAGAUUUUUCCAAGAUUUUCCAUGCUUGUUUUUCAAGAACUCGUCUUGACUAGCUUUUUUAUAACUCAUCAAAUUCCUAAUUAUUGCCAUGAAUUACUAAUGGGAGAACCUGUAUACAGAGAACUUUCCCCUAAGAUAAACAUUUGCAGAUCAAAAUGUUGAUGAAAACUACAUUAUUUGAAAAAGAGACUUUUUUUCAGUGGCAGAAAGUUUGGCAAAAGUCUUGAUUCAAACUCCAAACUUCUAAAGCCAGUCUGUGGAUCCGUGUUAGAGACCUUUUGCUUUUCUUCUUAAUUUUUUACAAUUUAAUUGUUCCAUGAUUGUUCAGCAUCAACUUGAUGGUGCGUCUCUUUCUAACCAGAAUUUUAUUUUUUAUUUUUUUGUAAAAUGUACAAUCUCAAUUAUAGAGAUUAAGAAGGAUUCUUUAAGGGACUUAUGACCUAUUUUAUUUAUUAAUUCCUCUUUAACUCUAUAAAAUACGUCCUCAUUUUGGGUUGAGCUUCUCCAACCAGGCCAGAAGUGUUUGCAGCAUGGGACUCAGCUGCUUUAAGUCUUGGAAAUAUGACAGUACAGGCCACAAAGGUAACAGAGAUGUGCUGGCCAGCCCAGGCUCCUAUUUCUUCCUAUCCAACAGCGCUGGUCAGGGUGACGAGUGGUUGAAGAGCCUUAACAAGGGAGUCUGGAUCCCUUUCACAGGGGUUUUUGGGCAACGUCUGGAGGAGACGGUGCUGUAUGAGCGUCGGUAUGGAGUGCGCUUGGUUCCUCUGGUGGUGGAGCAGUGUGUGACAUUUAUCCGGGAACGUGGUCUGCAUGAGGUGGGCUUGUUUCGCCAGCCUGGACGCACCAGUCUGGUGAAAGAGCUCCAGGAGGCUUUUGAUUCUGGUGAAAGGCCGUCUUUUGACAGCGGGACAGACGUCCACACUGUGGCAUCACUGCUGAAGCUCUACCUCAGGCAGCUACCAGAACCUCUGGUUCCCUACAGCCACUACCAGGACUUUCUGCUCUGCGGUCAGAAGCUGUUAAGUGACCGUACAGGGGGUCUGGAGGAGUUGAAGAAUCUUCUUCAUGAGUUACCUGUCGCAAACUUCAACCUACUCAACUUUAUCUGCCAGUUUCUGAAUGAGGUUCAGAGCUGCUCCAGCAGUAACAAGAUGAACGUCCAGAACUUAGCGACCGUGUUUGGACCAAACAUCCUUCGAGCCAAAGCUGAAGACCCACAAAGCAUCAUGGGAGCUGCAAAACUGGUCCAGGUGCUCAUGUCAGAGCUGAUCAGAGAACACGAAUCUCUGUUUGCCAAGUUCCCUCCUUCUGCCUGCUCUCAUCCUUCUGCAACGCCUUUGAAGCAACCCCAUCUCCAGCCACCGCCCUGCCUUCGCCAGCUGUCUUUGCCUCUUAUUGCAGACCACUCAAGUGAAUCAGGACAACCAGCCGCACAUGCAGGCCACUCUAGUUGUAUCUUCUCUGCUGAUGGUAAAUCAGACUUGCUCUCUGGUCAGAAGAAACACCUUGGCCAUCGCUACACUUCCUCCCAUCCAGAGAACUGCUUCUACCCCUUGCCUUCCUCCAGUGAGUCCAUCAACCACCACCCUGGCAGGCACAAAGGAGAUUUUUACAAGUACCAUGCUGGGCAGGGUUCAUCUUCUGUAAAUGCUCAAACCACAACAACCAACCCCCAACUACAGACCGAAAGCUCAAAUCAGGGGGCAAUGGGAUGGCAACGCCAAGAAAAGGCAGCCUCUGCCUACUGGAGCUGCAGAAGAGCAGAGGAAGAGGGUGAGGUUCCUGAAGCAGCCAGUGGGGGGAGCAGUCAGGCACAGGAGGACAGUACACCCUCAGUCUAUGACAACCUGGACAGAGCCUCUCUGUCUCACACACUGGAGGAUGGUCCUACUGAGAACUUUGAUUUAGAUUCUCCAGGAACCAAUGUUGGAAUGUGUGAAGCAGAGGUAGAUCGAGCUGAACUGGGGACUGCAGGAGACUCCUCUUCCUCAUGGUCUUCCUGUGAAGUUCUACCAUUAGAUGAAAGCAAUGACGACCUGGGGGUCAGUAGUCCUGAUAUCCCACCAAAGAGAUCCAGAAUGUUGCCUCUGAAUCAGAGAACAGAACAGGAAAUCUGUGAUAAAGAUGAUCAUGAAGACAACGGAGUUGAAGGCAAUGGUGCCAAGCAACAUCCGAGCUCCUGGGCUUCCUGCUCCGUCAUCAGCAUCAGCCCUCUCAGCACAGGGAGCUCAGAGGUCUUCCUUCCCUCAGUGGCUCCGGAUCUCCAGGUUCAAGAGUCUCACUUAGAGUCGAGGGACACUCAUUCUCUGCUGGCAAAGCUGAGGCAGCAGAUGGCUCAGCAGAAGGCAGAGUACCAAAACAGGAUUGAGAGGUUGGAGCGCUGCAAUGACGUCCUCGAACGGCAAGUUGCCGUUCUGCGACUCAGUCUGGAGCAGCAGAGGCGAAGCCAGAGCGUGGCAGAGAUCAAGAUCAGAAACAUGGAACGAGCCAAGGCAGACGCAGACCGCCGGAACACCACCCUUCAGAGGGAGAUGGAGCUGUUCUUCAGGACAUAUGGAGAAAUAAGGAGAAGAGGAGGAGAUCUGGGAAGAGCUGGAGGAGGAAGCAUCUGAAGACUGAAAGACUGUUUUUCUCAGCAGGAGUGAAGAAGGGAAGAAAGAAGCUGCAGUUAGAAGCGGAUGGAUUAUGUCAAGAUGAGUUAAUAUGAAAACAGAUAUAAGAACAUUACGUUAGUGGAGGUUCACGUUAUUAAAGGUCAAAUCUGAUGAGAUUUUUUAAAAAUUUGCCUUUAAACCUCAAGUUAAUUCUCGUCUUCCUAGAAAACGCAGGCAGCACACUGAAGCCUCUGAUGACUGAGACUCAGUCAGUCCCAGGUGAUAAAGCAUCAGUUUUAUGUUCUACAUAUUCUUUACAGUCAAAACCGUCCACCUUUAUUUAGUCCAAAAAGUCCAGACUUGAUGUACGAAAGAUUUAACAUGUCAGCGUGACCUGUUUGUUAACACAGUUAGCACACUGAUAUUAAAGACAAUGUGCUUUGUAAAAUGGCAGUGGAAAUUAAAUGAAAUUCAUGAAUUAUAAUAUGUAAAACUAAAAUUAUUCCAACUCUUUAUCAAUUUUGUUUUUGGGAAAUCUUUAAGAAUUAUGAGUAAAUAUUUUUAGUUCCAUCUUUAUUCAUUUAAGAGCACAUUUACAAACCUGUAAGGUCCCAUCUCCACACCCUGCAUGGUGACUUAUUGAAUGAGAAAAUCCAACAAAAAGCAGUGAAGAGUACACAACUACUUAACUUUAAAAAGGUGGGCAUCCACUGUACAUUGAUUCAUUACUCACAGGUUACUUUUGAUGAUUGUGGCCAAUGAAAACCCAAAUUGGGCUCAUUAGAAUUUUUUUAAUACUACAUUAAAAAAAUAAAACCUGGUUAAAUUACACAAAUGUCAACAUUCUGAUUUCUUGAGACACGUGAAAAACCUGCACAUUUCAAAUCACAUCCACCUGGACUCUCAAUAUUUAUGUCUGUGCAUCAUCAUCAUCAUCUGAAACCUGAAACCACUGCUCUCUGCAUGAAAACACUUUUCUAAUAAAACCUAUUUUAAGCCACUUUCUUUUAUUAAUUAUUGCCAGUUAAUCUGACAUGAAUUAAAUGAAAACUGAAACAGGUCUCUUCACAGGAGGAUGAGAUCUAUUGUGAUCAACGUGGAAAUUCUUUGUCAUGAAGUGCCAAUGAAAUUUGUUAAAAUAAAAUUUUUUUAACCAAAAACAAUUGAGCUGAGACUUGUUUUUUCCAGAGGAUGAAAUAUUUAUUGUCAAACUGUGCUGGUAACGUGAACUAAACUGUACACACACAAAACAAAAAUAGAAAAGAAAUAAAAAUCACUUAACUGACAGAAACUAUCAGGACUGAGUCACGCCUACAGAAAGAACAUUAAAGUGUGAUGCUUCAGUCUGAUUAAAGGGGGAGAGUAUCACACUGACCACUAAGCACAUGUAAA